UGCUGUGCUGUGCAUGGCCAAAUAAGGUAUACACCACGCUCCCCAGCCCAGCCCCAGCUGCAGCGCAACUUCGCCGCUUGUUCCUUGCCCAUCGGCUCCUCGCCAUCCAUCAUAUCCCGUCUCCAAGACCUUGCUCCCACCCUGCCUUGACCCGUGACCGUGAGAGCCUGAGAGAGUGAGAGCUAGCUAGCUCACUGUGCUUUUUCAAAGACCCAUUGCCGCUGCCGCCCCGUCCACGAUGCAUCCUGGCGCAGGUGGUGGUGCGCCGGGGCACGUGCGCGCGGCGGCCAGGGCCACCCUCAUCCUCGGCUUGGCGGUGGCCGCCAUGGGCCUCUUCGCCGCCACCCUCAACCCCGGCGACUUCCACGCCCAGCUGUCGCAGGUCGAGCACGCGGCGGCGCCGGCCGCGUACGGCGGGCAGCCCCAGCAGCGCUGCGCGGCCACGGAGGCGGAGGCGCUGGACCUGCGCGCCACGGCGCUCGUGCUGGUGCUCACGGGGGCGGCGCAGGCGAUGCUGGCCGCGGCAGCCGGCGUGGCCUUGGCGGCGGGGUCCCCGUCCCUCCAAUGUCUAGGCCGGUUCCUCGCCCUCAUCGCGCACUGCUUCGUCCCCACGAACGCCUGGUUCCUCUACUCUGUCCUCCAGGGAGCGGCGGCCGUUGCCGUCGGGCACUGCGCCAGCGGGUACAGCCUCAACUUCACCACCGGCUGCGUCCUCGCCGCCGUGUCAUACGGCGUGCUGUUCGUCGUGAGCCUCUUAGCCACCGUCUGCGGAGGGAUCAAGCUACGCAUGGCUGCCACUGAUCCCCUCUAAGCUUAGCUUAGCUCAGAUUUGCUUUGCUAGCUUGCAGCAUCCAUCUUCUUCUACCUAGCACUGCCGGCCACUACUGCACUUAGCGAGCUAGCUCGCAGCAUCUAUCUUCUAGAGUACGUAUACUACCUUGCAGUACUAAACCAUCCAUGGAUCUUAAUUGGUGAUUAAUUUGUAUGCUUACUAUUAUUAGUGUGAUGAUCGAGAUGGGAUUAAUUAUUAACGUGUGUGUGUGUGUGUGUGUGGGCGCGCGCGCGCGCGCGCGCGCGUGUGUCUGUAUUCUGUAAUGUAAUGUAAGAUGAUGC